GGUCAGAUCAAUUUUUGAAUUCGGGUGGCUUAAAUCGGACCGCAGGCGGCUGGGAUCGCUGCGUUUAUUAUUGUUUUCAAUUUCGCUGGCGCGUCGGCUUGGCCCUUUUACUGUUGUUUCUCCGCCGUGUAUAACGCAGUUUGUUGUGCUACUAUUUUAUCAGUUUUUUAAUGCCCAAAGCGAGUGUUGUUUUUGUUCAAGUGUCUUAUCCCCUUAUCCUAAGAAACGCAUUCCUGCACACGAAGAAAAAGAUGCGUGUGCGUGUGUAUUAGUGCAGUCUCUCCGCGCAGCCAAGGCAAACGUGUGUGCGUGUGUGUGUGCUGCAACUGAAAGCCAAAAUUAAACAAACAAAAGAGUAGCACCAAAAAAAAGCAAGAAAAACUUAACCGAGCGACAAUGUGAUGCAGAAGGCGAUAAAGUAAGAGCAGAGAAAGAGAAAAAACGCGGAAAUGCAGUUGAGCGCAUAAUUUUUAUAAGCCAAGCGACAAACGCACACACUCGCAGAAGCCAAGAGGGAGAGAGGAAAUAAAUAAAAUUAAAGAAUUAAGAAAAGAAGCAUCGGCGCAAAAGAGAAAGAAGCAGCAGCAGCAGCAGCGUCAACAAACACAAACACAAACGUACAGAAUAUACCUGCGUGCGCUCUCUCCCGUGCAAAUGUGUGUGUGUGCCAUGUUCUCCAAGCUACACUGAGCGAAAGAACCAAAAAUGUUGCAGGCAGCCAGCAGCACAGCAGCAACAACACAUACAGCAGACACACCAAAGCACACCGAGCACAGCGAGCAGCCGAUAGUGGCGACGCCGGAGGAGAAGUCCCAACGCCGACGCUCCACAUUCUAUGUACCCCUGGUGAUAGAGGACGAAGAGGACCAGAAGAAGCAGGAGGCCCAGGACGCAGAUCGCAGGGCCGACCCGGUGCCAAAGUCCUCGAGCAACAGCAGCCUCAGCAGCGCCAGCAACUCCCUGACCCACUCCGACACCAAGUCGGCCAAGGGCUACAGUCUCCGCAAGUCCAGCUCGGUGAAGAGCGGCGUGGCCAAGGUUAGUGCCCUCUUCGAGCGCAAGACCCCGUCGAAGAUGUCCCCGCCCUGCGGCUUCAACUGGAGCAUCAGUGGCAGCGAGAACGCGGCCCAGUACUCCGACUCCGACGAGGACGAGGAGAACUCCUCGGAGGCGCGUCACCGGGAGCAGCUGCUCAAGUCGCUGCCCACCAACGCGGGGAACACCGCCUCCCCGUCGAAGCUGAAGCGCUACGGCAUAGUCCUGAACGUGAUCAGCCUGAACGGCAGCGACAACGAGCAGUCCUCCAUGGGCGGUGUGGGCAUGCCGCCCGGUCUGCUCUCCGCCAACAACCCCAUGCCGAACACGGCGCCCCGCAGCCACUUCAAUGAGGAGAACGACAUAGUCCUGGCCACGCCCCCGCCGCCCAAGCAGCAGGCGCUAUCGACGUCAGCGGCUGGCAUCGGCGUCCCGGAAUCCCAGAACGACUACGACGAUGACUCAGAGAUCAGUCGCAUGCAGACGAACACCUCGACGCCCAUCAAGCUGAUGAAAUCGCGAUCGCGCACCAAUAUACUGGCCGUACCGCUGCCCUCGGUGGAGCGCGGUUUGGCCACAAGUGCGACGUCAAACAGCGCUAAUAACAGCACCUCUACGACGACCACGACCACGCUGACGACGACGACGACGACGCUGAUUACGCUCCGUGCCAAAUCGAAGACCCUGCCGCAGAACCUAUCGCCCUCAGUUGUUCUGCGCGAGGCAGCCGCCCUGGAUGAGCUGGAGAAGAAGCGGGAAAAGCAGCAGGAGAAGCAGGACAAGCUGCAGGAGAAACAGCGCCAGCUGUUCGGCGGCAGCACGGUCAGUCAGCUAGCGGGAUCGGGCGCGGGUGCGGGUGCGGGAUCCUCGCCAUACAAGCUGCAGAACAGCUGCUCGGCCACGUCCAUACUGACGCACAGUUUUCCGCCCAAGAACCUCUUUUUGCUCAAGUCCACGCCCAAGCUGUCGACGGAAACGGCCGUCACGCCCCCGAGCACCUCGGCGAUCUGCUCGCCGCCCAAGAAAUCCCUGAGCUUCAUCCGCCGGGCCCACUCCACCAAGGUGGCCCGCAGCAAUUCCCUGCUGAAGCCGCACCAGACUGGCGGCAUAGGAUCGGGCAGUGGCACGGCGACGGGCCUGUCAUCCAUUAGCGCGUCGGGCGCCAUGCAGCAGGGCUCACUGUCCACCAGCUGUGCUGGGGACAGUGCCAGCAACAACGGCAGCUGGGGCAAGCACUUCUACCAGCCCUACGACGUCUGCCCCCUGAGCCUGGACGAGCUCAACUGCUACUUCCAGGCCGAUCAUUGCGAGGAACUGAUCUGCGAGCGCUUCAAGAUCAGGGAUCUGGCCAUGCACAUGGCCUCCGCGUCUGCAGCCGGAGCGGAUCUCUCGGUGGCCACGGAGAACGGGACGACGGCGGCGGCGGCGGCGGAGGACGAUGCGGGACAUCAUUCCGAUACUUCCUAUGAGAAGGCGUGCCGCCGCGGCUCAGCGCCCACCACGCCCAUCCUGGGCAGCAAACAGCACCAGACGGAGAGCAAUGCCACCUCGCGGUUCACCAACUUCUUUUCCAAAAAUCUUUUCCCCUUCGACAGAUCCAAUCCCCUGAAGCGCACCAAGUCGGUCACCAAGCUGGAGCGGACCAAGCGCGGAUCCGGCGGCCUGAGGGGCUCCCGCUCGCACGAGAGUCUGCUGUCCAGUCACGCCGUCAUGUCCACCAUAGAUCUCUCCUGCACCGGGGCGGUGGGCGUGGCGCCGGUGCACCAGUCAGUCCUGGGCCGGCGCCACUGCUUCCAGGUGCGCGGCGGGCCGCGUGGCGAGCGGUACUACUCGUGCGGAUCGCGCCAGGAGCGCGACCUUUGGAUCUACUCGCUGCGCAAGUCGAUCGCCCCGAACGCGGAGCACACCCGCCGCACGGACAACUCGCUGAAGAUGUGGGUCUACGAAGCGAAGAACCUGCCGCCCAAGAAGCGAUACUUCUGCGAGCUGCAGCUGGACAAGACCCUGUAUGGCCGGACGUCGGUGAAGCUGCAGACGGACCUGCUGUUCUGGGGGGAGCACUUCGACUUCCCCGACAUACCCGAGAUCAAUGUGAUCACCGUGAACGUGUUCCGCGAGGUGGACAAGAAGAAGAAGCGGGACAAGUACCAGUUCGUGGGCUCGGUGAAGAUACCCGUGCACGAGGUGACCUCCAGGGUGCCCUGCGAGCAGUGGUAUCCCAUACUGAGCGACAAGGCGGGCGACAGUCUGGGCAGGACCUCGGGCGGCGGCGGCAGUGGGUCCAAGGACAAGGAGCAGCUGCCCACGCUGAGGAUCAAGUGCCGCUUCCAGAGCACCGACAUCCUGCCCAUCAAUGUGUACGCCAACUUCCUGGCCUACCUCAAGGAGAACUACAAGCGGGUGUGCGAGACCCUGGAGCCGGUGAUCGGGGUGAAGGCCAAGGAGGACAUUGGCCAGGCCCUGGUGCUGCUGAUGCACGCGCAGGGGCUGGCGGGCGCCUUCCUCACCGACGUGGUGGCCCUCGAUCUGCUGCGCGUGGGCGACCAGAGGCUCACCUUCCGUGGCAACUCACUGGCCACCAAGAGCAUGGAGGCGUUCCUCAAGCUGACGGGCGAACAGUACCUGCAGGACACCCUGUCGGCGCCCAUCAACGAGCUGAUUCAGUCGGAGCGGGACUGCGAGGUGGAUCCGACCAAGGCGAGUGGCUCGUCGGCGGGUUCGCUGCAGCGACAGCAGGCAGCCCUGCGUGGCGCCGUGCGAGGGGCGUGGCAGUGCAUCUUCGAGUCGCACAAGCACUUCCCCGCCCAGCUGCGCAAUUGCUUCGCCACGUUCCGCGAGCGGCUGCAGCAGCUGGGCCGCCAGGACAUGGCCGACAACCUGAUCUCGGCGAGCAUUUUCCUGCGCUUCCUCUGCCCGGCCAUCCUGUCGCCGUCGUUGUUCAACAUCACCACCGAACUGCCCUCGGCUCGCGCUACCCGCAAUCUCACGCUGGUGGCCAAGACCCUGCAGACGCUGGCCAACUUCACCCGCUUCCAGGGCAAGGAGAACUUCAUGGAGUUCCUCAACGAUUUCCUCGAGCAGGAGGCCGCCCGCAUGCAGCAGUUUCUGGAGAUUAUAUCCACACGGCCGGAGCACCCGGCCCCGGACUCGAUACUCGAUUGGGCCGGCUACAUUGACCAGGGCAAGCAGCUGUCCAUCCUGCACAGCCUGCUCAGCGAGAGUCUGGCCAAACUGCCGGAGGCCAGGCAGCACGAGCUGGAUCCGCUGCAGCACAUUCUGGACGAGAUCAGCCGGGCCAAGGAGCAUGGCUUGGGGACGGCUCUGCCCGGCGGAUAUCUGCCGGCCACCUCCUCCACGCACUCUAUAGCCAGCGAGAAUCAGGAGAAUCGCAAUCCGGGCUCCUCGGGCUCCCAUGCGGGCUUCAAUUCGGAGCAGUUGCUGCCUCAACAGAGCCAGCUGGCCCAGCCACAACAUGCUAUUGUCAGCAAGCCCCUGUCGGCGGAGCGUGGCAUUAUAAGGGGUGUGCUCACACCGAAUUCCCUGGAGAAGAAUAUCUUCAGGUACAAUGAUCCCACGGUUAAUGGUGUGCUGCAACAGCAGCAGCAGCAGCAGCAGCAGCAACAACAACAACAACAACAGCUGCAACAGCAUGCCCACCAGCAACAGCCUCACCACCAGCAUCCCCUCCAGCUGCUCUCCAAUUCUCAAAGCUCCAUUGCUGGCAACCAAUAUAUGAGCUCGCCUGGAGGCCUGCAGCAUGCCCAAUCGCAGACCUCGAUGGCGUCCUCAUCGCUCAACGGCAGCAGCAGCAAUCUGAUGCAUGGCCACCAGCAGCAUGCCCACCACCCGCAGCAAAUGCAUCCACACCACUGCCCGCCGGCGCCGCAGACGAGUGCCUCCAGCACCAUGGAGCGCAUGGAUCGGAUGAACUAUCCGCCGUACAUGGCGCACAAUGGCAAUGACUACGAGGCCAGCACACCGUCGAGCACUCGCUCCAGGACACUGCCCCGCAAUGGAAAUGGAAAUCCCAAUGCCAAUGGCAACAUGAGCAGCAACAACAACCAGAGCGGCAGCUACGACGACAUGCACGGCGAGUUCCAGAUCCAGAUCUCCGGGCUCGAUACGAGCAGUGCUUUCGUCUGCAAGUCACCCACACCCAUGAUGAAAUCCGGUUUGGGUCCAGCUGGAGCGGGACGAGGCCACCACAAGCUGAAUCUGGGGAUACCCGAUCAUUCGGGUGGCUAUGGGCGCGGCGGCAACAACCUGAAUCCCAACUCGAAUAUGCCCAAGAACCUGGAGGAUCUCGACGAUCUGUUCAAGUACGCCGAGGAGCACGACGUGGCGGAGCCGGCAAACCAGCACCAUCACAGCCAGCAGAGUCAGCAGAACCAUCAGGGUGGUUCUCACCUCAAGCCCGCCGCCGUUCCCGGCAAGGAGCAGCUGUCGGCGAAGAGCAGUCACUGCAGCUCUGGCUACCAGAGCAUAUCCACGAAUCCCUCGCCCUCGCAGUCCUCCAGUCCCGUGGAGAGCCAGCUGAAGGCCGCGAUGGGCAGUCACAAUGCGCCGCUGGCCUUCAAGAAUCCCUCCUACCAGCUGCAGCCCCAAACUGGCUCGUCCAGGUCUUCGGCUCCAAGCAAUCCCCACCAGCAACAGCAGCAGCAGCAACAGCAGUUCGGAAGCCGCUUAAAGCCUUUAGGAGGUGGUCUGGUGGCUGCCCGGGCGGCCUUCCUCAACAGCGGUGGAGCCCUUGAGGCGGCGGCCACCUUGACCCCCAGUUCCUCGGAUGAACAGCUCUCGGCGGAUAACUACGCGGUAUAUAGUUAUGCAGCUGCGGCAGCGGCUGGAGCUGGCAUGUCCACCAAGCUGGAGGCUCAACGCUCGCUCAGCGGCGGCAGCAGCUCCUCCACCUCGGCAUCCGCGUCCACCUCGAAUCUGGGCAAGAGCGGUGGCUUCUCCGCCUAUGGGCGGCUGAACGGACCGCUCAAGCGGGAGGAUGUCUACGGCAGUGGCUACGGCGGCAGCAGUGGCAACGUGGGCUACGGCCUUUCCACUUCCACUGGCGCCGGACACCACCAGCAUCCCCACCAGCAGCAACAGCAACAGCACCAGCUGCAGCAACAGCACAGGGAACGGGAUCAGGAGCUGAAGCAGUAUGCGGGCAGUGUGGCGGGCAGCGUGGGAUCGGCCACGUCGGCGGCCCAGAGGCGGCUGAGUUUGGACUCGGCGCGCACGCUCUCCGACAGCAGCACGGAUACGGAGGGACACUGCAAUCAAUUGCAGGAGGGAAAGCGACGCAGGCAGUUGCGCAGCAGUGGCGGCAGCGGCGGCGGAGGAGGAGGAACGGGUUCGGAACAGGGAUUGGGCAAGAGCUACGACCAGAACGGGGAGAUCCAGCUGCUGCAGCAGACGCUGGACACGCUCUGCCACACGCUCGACCGGGACGAGGCGGAGCUGCGCGACUCCAGUGACGAGCUGUUUGGCCUGCAGCGGCCAGCGGGCAGCGCCGGCAGCAACGGGUCGAACAACCUCAGCCUGCAGUCGGAGUCCACCAUGCGCAGCAUCAUCGACAGUUUCUUUCAAUCCUCCUGCAGACUCAUCACCAUGGAGGAGGAGUUGCGCCGCGAGCAGCUGAAGAUGUCGCUGGCGCUGUCCCACAAGCAGCGGGUGAUCGAGGAGCAGGGCCAGCAGAUCGCGGCACUGGACGCGGCCAACAGCCGGCUGCUCAGCGCCCUGACCGCCCUGCGUCAGCGGUACGAGACCCAGCAGCAGCAACAGCAGCAGCACCAAGCACCACCAAAGACCCAGAAGCCACAGUGAGCGGAUGGGGGAAGAAGGGCGGAGAUAGGAGGAGGAUUAGGAGGAGUCCGGGACCGCGACCGCGACCCAAACUGACGGAGGCAUCUGUGUUCCACACACAGAAUGCAAGCACGUGGACACGUCGCGGUUCUGUCUUAAGGAUACCUUUUUGUUUAUUUUUUUAGCUAUUUUUUUUGUAUGCUACAUAAAUUAUACUACGUGUUUAAUAUAUAAUUACACAUAACACAUACAUUAUACAUAAUUUCUCAACAUAUGUUUAAAACCGCAAAAUGUGAAAUGCAAAACGCCGCUGCAAAAGCAGUAAGAUAAUCCCCAGAAGAUCGGAGCAUGGAAGUGAAGAAGAACAAGAACAAGUUAAGAUAAUGAAUAAAAUUAUAACCAAAGUUAGACAAAAACUCA